AUGACGGAUUACUACGAGCCCCAGUACCCGAAUUACGCCCCCCACCACCAACCGUACUAUGCCGAUCCGGACGAUGAGAACGAGAUUCGUCGGACAGCGACAAGAGGCUCGCAUCAGAGCCAGGCGACGGCCAGUACCAAGUCAUGGGUCCAGCAGACCCAGAGACACCCGCCGCCGCCGCCUCCAGGAGUUGAGGACCUUCCACCUCAAUCGCGACCCGCCUCUCAGGGAACACCUUUUCAUGGGCCCCGCCCUCUACCCGAGCGCCAUAUCAGUAGACGCCCUCCGACACAAUAUGUGCAGCACGUAGAUGAUGAAGAUGGAACGGAUGAUAUCGGCGACGAUCCCAUGGUUCCUGGAGCUCUUCGGUUUGGAUAUCAGAGCGAUGAUAUGGGUAAUGGGCGACCCAUCCUCGCAGGACCCUCGACGUUGGGUCCUUCCACUCCUAUGCUCGCAUCCACCGCCCCGCUGAACAUCCAGCACAAAAAGACGUUCGUCGGAGGGUUCUUCAAGGGUCUGAAGAAGAUCCCUAAGAUCGUCCUUGGGCGUGGAGAGAAGGGAGGACUUCGGCGUCGGGGCACGUUCGGGACCGAUGGAACGACUCUGACCGCCGUGAGUCACGGAAAUACGCUACCGCGCUACCUCUCAAAUCCUUCCAUCGGGCCUUCGAACCCUCAGUUCGCCCAUCGCCUGAGCAUGGCGGUCGCCAACGGCUCUCUACCCCCAGAAGCGACUCCAGCGGUGUUCCAGAUGCGCACUAACCCACAGCCUCGAUAUCCUGAAGUCGUUGUUACACCCCCAUCAGCGGAGGGAGUGCCAGGAGAGUCGGUGCAUGCAGAGUUCUACGAUGGUCCGCCACCAGAGGAAGAGCCGGAGUAUCAGGAACAGGAGGAGUCGCAUACUGAUCCUCGCGAGAGAACGACGGUCAUGGUGUACAACACCGAUUCGCAAGCACCUACAGUUACCCAAGGCCCUUCAUCACAACCUACACGGCCCCCCUCUGCACCACGAGUGUCGUACCCAGCGGAGCUGCCAACACGGCAGAAUACACAGUCCCAGAGCGAACAUUUCAAUCCCUUACCUCCACCUAUGCCGCCGCCUCCACUGCAACCAGGCCCGAGCUCAGCCAUUCUUCACCCUUCCCCUCGAUAUGCAGCACCUCAUCCGAACCAUGUUGGGAGACAUCGAGAACAGCUUCUGUCGCCUAUAACAACCUCGGGCGCCGAUUGUACCUCGACAUCCGGGCUAACCUCCUACUACGACCCAUCCUUUGCAUCUGAUCUCGGGCCCAUCGAGAAAUUCUUCAAGGGCCUAUACCACCUUCCAUGGAUAGGGCGCAAUCGUAUCACGGUAGACUACCGGCCAGGCGAUACAGCUCGUGCAAAGGGGAAGAUGAGAGUCCUGAAGAACCCGAAAAUCAAACCGUCAUGGUAUCGGUCAAUGAUGGGUCUCUCGCGGCGGAACAGCCUCGACCUUCUCAGCAGUGAGGGUGCAGAAACGAUGUCGCCUCGAAGCUUUGGGAAUACCCUCUCGCGAUUUGGAUCCCCUCUCUCUCGACGAUCUGGGCGGUCGUCCGAGCGGAGACAUCAUCAUCACCAUAACCACCACCACCACUCCUCAAGAACGAAGCACCGACAUCGACGCCGGCGAACCGCAACAUCAGCAGCGACGACGACAGACGUCCCACACCGCGUUGGGAGCCCCAUCGUCCCGACCGUAUACCCCUACGCCGUACCGCCAUACCUCCCAUACACCUACCCCUACAUGCCCUACGCCACGAUGCCGAUGCCAGAGUCCUCGCCGCGAGGCCAACGGUCUAAAACAAGCCGCCGUGCAGCGAAGUACCCGCACGGUGGCUACACGGCGUACCAGCCCAUGGCCAUGCCUCCUCCACCAGUACCAGCACCCAUGCAGCCAGCACCGUCUGGACAAGCUCUCUAUUACAUGGGCCCGUCGCCGCCUCAGAGCCAGAACAGCGGAGACGCGUCCGCGAUGGCUGGACAGCCCAUGAUGCAAGCUGCGGCCGCGGGCGUAUCGCAAGCGCAAGGUUCAUUGCAGUUCUCGUCCCCCAUGAUGCAUUAUGUCCCUGCUCCGUAUGCACAAAACCUCCAGGCCGGAACCCCUAUGAUAUCUCCUCCUAUAUCGCCACAACGCCCAAAACCUCAGCAUCCUUCAUGA